AUGGAUGUUCCAAAUAAUUCACAUACAUUACUUCAUUUAAUACAUGAAGUAAAUGAACAAACAAAUUCUGAUCAAUAUCCAAUUGUUGUUCAUUGCACAGCUGGAGUUGGUCGUACAGGUACUUAUAUUGCAAUUGAUGCAAUGAUUGAUAAGAUUAACCAAGAAAAAAAAGUUGAUGUAUAUAAUUUUAUAUUACAAAUGCGUCGUGAACGUCAUCUAAUGGUACAAACAAUAAAACAAUACGUAUUUAUUUAUCGAUCUUUACUUGAAUAUUAUAUUUAUGGUAAUACAAGAAUUGAAGCAAAUAUGUUUCAAUCUAUAUAUUCAAAUUUAAGAAAGAAUAAACAAGCUUUAUUAAUUUCGGAAUAUAAUAAACUCUCAUUAUUACCAAUUGAACAUGUAUUUCAUCAUGAUGCUCAUUUACCAGAUAAUAUCGAUAAAAAUCGAUGUUCUCAAAUUGUUCCAUAUGAUCAUAAUCGUGUUUGUUUAAGUAGUAUAUUAGGACAUCCGUAUAUCAAUGCAUCAUUUAUCGAAGGAUAUUCAAAUGAAUAUUCAUUUAUAAUAACACAAGAUCCAUUACCAGAAACAAUUCAUGAAUUUUGGAGAAUGUUUAUUGAACAUGAUUGUAAUUGUAUUGUACAAUUACAUACAAUUAUUGAAUCUUCUCCAAAAUGUGCAAUUUAUUAUCCAAAUGAUAUAGAUACAACAAUGAAAAUUAGUUCAACUAGUUUAUUAAAAUUAAUAGGAAAAGAAAUCAUACAAGAGAAAUUUAUUGUUCGACAAUUUUGUUUAGCAGAUACACGUGAAACUUUAUCAAAAAUAAUUUAUCAUUAUGAAUAUCUUCUUCCUAUAAGUACUAAUGAUGAAUAUGAAAAUGGACAAAGUUGUAUUCCAUCGACAUUAACACAUAGCUUAUUUGAUUUUAUUGGUUAUAUUAAUAAACAAUCAAAUAUAAGUAAUCAAACUCGAUAUAUUACUGUUCAUUGCGGUAAUGGUGGUCCAUCUUGUUCAAUAUUUUGUAUGAGUGUUAUAUUACUGGAUCAACUUAAAAAUGAACAUACAAUCGAUAUUUUUCAAUGUGUUCGCGCAAUACAACGACAAAGACCUGCUAUGAUUACAUCACUUACUCAAUAUAAAUAUCUAUAUGAAAUGAUUCAUAAAUUUAUAGAAGAAUCAUUUGAUAUAGCAACUAUUCAAUUAUCUCCAUCGUUCAAUAAUAGUAUCUAUGAUAAUGAUCAAGAAAAUCUUAAUAAUAUUUUCUAA